CUAUAGUUGUAUUUACGACUCAAGGAAAGGGAAAAUUAUCUGAAUUAUACCUACGUAUUUUUAUAGCACGUGCUAAUACUUUAGUUGGCCGGUAAAUAUCAUUCGACAAUCAGUGAGGUAUAAACGUAGUGUUCUAAAUAAUUUCUUUGAUCGUCAAAAUGCCAAAAGUUAAAAAUGAAAAUUUAAAAUUAAAAAAAAAUCGUAAGAAAAUUCGGUGAAAAUGUGCUUAUGACUGACGGAAAUAUUAUAUUUUGUAAAUUGUGUGAAGACAAAAUAAAUUCGGAUAAAAAAUAUAACGUUCAAAAACAUAUUGGCAAAGAGAAUAUUAUUCAAAGAAGCAUUGAAAAAACUUGAAGCUGAAAAUCAUAAUGCAGUUCAGCCAUUCAUUUAACAAUUUUGUAAGUCUGAUUUUAAUGCUGACCUAUGUUCCGCAUUUGUAGCGGCGAAUAUCCCCCUAAACAAAUUAAACAACGAACAUUUUCGGUCAUUUCUUUCAAAAUAUUGCAAUAAAACUAUUCCAAAUGAAUCAACUUUACGAAAAGGAUACUUCGAUUCUUGCUACACUAAUACGAUAACUAAAAUACGCGAUGCUGUGAAUGGCCAAAAAAUAUGGGUUUGCAUAGAUGAAACAAUUGACAGUGUGCGACGUAAUGUAGCUAAUGUCAUUGGUAUUUUGAAACCACAAGAUGUUGAUAAAACUUAACUUAUUCACACAGAAUAUUUAGAUAAAGUGAACCAUAGUACUAUUUUUAAAUUAUUUGACAAAUCUAUGCAUAUUUUAUGGCCAAAUAAUGUUAAUCACGAGGACAUUUUAUUAUUUGUUUCGGAUGCCGCGCCGUAUAUGAAAAAAGCUGGCCGCUGUAUUCAAACAUUGUAUCCAAAAGCUUUGUAUGUGACAUGCUUAGCUUAUGCCCUCCAUAAUGUGUGUGAAGAAGUGCGUGCACAUUUCCCAAAAGUUGAUCGUCUAAUUACCGAGAUGAAAAAAACAUUUCUGAAAUGUCCAAAACGGAUCGCUAUUUUAAAUAAAAAAUGUCCGGAUAUUCCAAAUCCACCUAAACGAAUCACUACUCGUUGGGGUACAUGGAUUACAGCAGUCGAAUAUUAUUGCACAUAUUUAAAUGAAAUAAAAAGUGCAGUUGAAGAAUUCAACGAGAAUGCCCAGUGUGUGAAUGUUGUAAAAGAGCUUAUAAAAGAUCAAUCUCUACAUUCAAAUCUCGUCUACAUUACAACAAAUUUUAGAUUUUUACCACAUGCAAUUACACAAUUAGAAAAAAGAGGCGAAACCUUGGCAAAAAGUAUAGGCAUUGUGUUAGAAGCAAAACAAAAGUUAGAGGAAGCUAAUGGCGAAGUAGCGAAAUUGAUUUUAGAAAAGUGCAAUUGUGUUUUUUCAAAAAAUAAUGGAUGGGCAGAACUUCAAAAAGUCAAUAGUAUUCAUAAUGGCACUGCACUAAACGUAAAUGUGGAAUAGUAUGAUUCAAAUUAUUUAGUUUAUAUGAAAUAUGCACCGAUUACAUCGGUUGACGUGGAAAGGUCUUUUUCUAUGUAUAAAAAUAUAUUAGCACCCAAUAGAAUGAGUUUCAAUGAAAGUAACUUGACUAAAUAUAUGGUUGUGAAUUCCUUUUUUAAUAUUUAAUUUUAUGUGUAAUUGAAAUUU